AUGGAUGUUGCCGCGAAACAGAUCGCCCAGCUUGUCCAGCGCGUCCUGCCCGAAAGACCACACCAUCUCUCCAUCUCACCGGACAUCCGCUACCUAGUGCCUUCCGACCACCUCUGGCCCAAAGACUCUCCGCUGCAGUUCACGACAUAUGUGUCCGAGGCCGAUCGCGGCGUCCUCCUGACACGUCCUUUCUACGACAUACAGCUGCAACCGGACGAAGACACGAGCCGAAUCGGCAAAAACGCUGGCAACGGGAACGGCAACAACAAGAAGAGCAAGCCAUCAUCCAGCCUCAACUCUUCGUCUGCAACCUCCCCGCUUGCGGACGUCAACAGCAAGGGUGAGACGAAGAAGAAGGUAUCUUUGAAGGAUUACCAGAACAAGCUGCAGAAAAAGCUGCCGGGCUCGCCGCCAGACUCAGCUCCGGAUUCGGGUUCCAAGGCUGCAAAGCUAGAUACGGGCCGUAGCAGAAGUACAAGCACAAUGGCCUCGCUACCGGCCGGCCACCGCCUCCCCCCAAAACCCGAUGUGAAUGGCGACAGAAAAUACAACCACUCGCCAUCUAAAUCGCCAAAACCACUCCAGAGCUCGGGCGUAUCCGACAGCCGAAAACGGCCUGCAGACACACAUGAAACGAGCCGUCCGCACAAGCGGUCGAGAUCUGACACAUCCAUGAGCUCCGACUCACCGCCAGCACCGUCUCGGUUCAACCAACGACCGCAUAACCCCCCCAGUCCUCUGGACCUCAACAACCGGAAGGAAGAUCGGAAGCGAACAACGGCAAACGGACAGUCACAGCAUCGAUCGCGGGAUAGCUCGAAUAAUCACGCAGCUCUGCCAGCCUCGAGAGCGAACGGACAUCACCCUCAACGCACAGAUGAUGAACGGGAACGGACACCCGAGAACGAUGUCAUUAACGCCCCGGGUUCCGUACCUUCGUUGCCUCCUAUUCUCUCCCCCCUCCACUUCAAUCCUGAACGCGAUCGCGAAUCCUCGGUGAAACGGUCACGGCCUACUGCAGCUCCGUUGUCCAAAUCGGCUUCAAAGACGAAGUCUGGCAAGCCAGACGCGCUUCCGCCGUUGCUCUCGCCAACUCUACCUCCUAUAGUAGAGCAAGAGCUGCUGCGUCUUAGCAAGCCCACGAUAAACUUGACGGCGGCACCCAGAAGCAACCAAGAGCUCCCUGUGUCGAGCAGUAGUGGCAAGAAACCCGCUCGUCCGGCACCGGAUAGGGAAAAGGAUGAGGAGCACAAAGAGAUUCAGGCAUACAGAGAGCCGCAGAGGGAACCGCAACGUGAGCUAUUACGAGAACCACAAAGGGAGUCGCAUCGGGAGUCGCAGCGUGAACCUCCACGUGAACUUUCUCGGGAAGCUCAAAGGGAACCGCAAAGGGAACUGCAAAAAGAGCCACCAGCACAGAAACGGACCUGCAUCGUAACUCUGAAAUACAAAAAGAAGAACGCAAAAAGAGUACGGCACCUUCUCGCUCUCCAGCCAACGCCCAUGAAAGCACCAUCCAAGCGAACCGAACGCUCGCUCAGCGUUGAGGACACCUUACCGCCAGCGCCCAUCACGAAGAAACGACCAGUGCAGUCAGACAAUCUCGCCGGGGACCCGUCGCCAUCCGUAUCGUUCAAGCACCCAAGGACAGUUGCAGAAAAGAGCAUAUCGGCAGCGAGGGCACCAGCUGCCCCUGCCACACCACUGAAAGCCACCCCUAUGGUCCGCGUCACGUCAAACAACUCUCAAGUUCUCACACCCAACGAGUCGGCCAGCUACACUCCACGGUCCGCCGAACGGCCGCUUACAAGUCAAGGCGACCCGGCAUCUGCAGCUGCAGUGUCAAAGUACCGGCGCCGCUACGAUGCCUACCUGACGUUGGGGACAAAGCUCAAGCACGAUCGAGACGCCAUUGUUAAGAACCGGCUACCCAACGGAACCACAAAGCUGGCCGACGGGGUGGCAGCACCGGCGCCAAACCUGCUGCCGUCCGAAAAGAGGCUUGUCGCUGCUCUCAGCCUUGAAAUGGUCAUGUCGUACAUGAUAGCAUUCAAGGCGUUCAACCAGUCCCGACACCUGGAGCGAAGGGGGAGCGACAUCACCGUUUGGGAACGGCUGAUGCCGCACCUGGCAGAGCUGCGAAGCCACGCACGGCAAUUCCGGCCCAUCGAAGCCCUGGCACUGCAGCUUCGUGCCAUCUUCUUUGAGCAAAUGCUCGUCGCAAUCACCAGCCACGAGGCCCAGUCGGUCGCCGGAAAGCUCCUAAAGGCCACCAAGCUCCGUCUCGAGGCCUGGACAGAUGCACAAAAUAGUGUGGAUCUGGUCAGUGACGAGUCGAUGAGAGUUGUUGUAGGGCCAUGGCUCGGGGUUGAGGACACGGUGCGGGCCAUGUUGCCCGUUCUACGUCGGUGGUGCGAUAAGGAAAAUGUGGCCUGGGAGCAAGAGCUACAGCUUCCGGACAGCCAGUGA